CCUGAAGAGUGUUGUUAAACUUGUCAAACAAUACUUUUUCAAAAAGAAAAUAUGUCAAGGUUUAAUUUUAAUUCGUUUACAUGCAAGUAUUUAUAUUUUUAACAAUUGAAUGCAGUAAUAAAAGGACAAUUACAAGUGCUCACAGUGGAAAAUAUCAAAAAUACUGUUAUUAAAGAAGGAAUAUAUCCAAUUAAAAGAAAUUGGAAUCUAACCUCAAAAAUUUGUGUAUGAAUCGUGGUAUGAAUGCAUCAUGUUUUUAUAAUGUUAUUCUGUUAUGUUAGCUAUUUGAUAGCUGACUCAGACUUCAUUGUUCUCCUCGGAAAAACAUGCUGCAUUUCUCGAUAAUUCUUUUCAAUAUCAAACGCGAGUGAAUAUUUUACGUCAAAAAGAAAAAAAAGGAUGAAAAGAAAAAUCAAUAUGUUUGCGAUAUGGUUCAUUAUCAUUUUUGGAGUUGAUGUUCUAUUUGGUUUAGAAUAUCUCGGAUGUUACAAAAGUUCAGCAAAUAAUCCUGAAUUAAAUGUGGAAAGUUCGAAAGAUUUUGGAUCACCUGAAGGUUGCAUCGAGGAAUGUCGAUCUCAUUAUUUCAUGUUCGCCGGUUUAAUGGCUGGUCAAAAAUGCUAUUGUGGCAGCACAUUCGGAAAAAGUGGAUUAUCGGAAAAUUGCACAAUGCCAUGUUUGAGUGCAAAUAAUGACACGAAUAUGUGCGGAUCUUUUAAUGCAAUUAGUAUUUAUGCAACCGGUCGAAAAGGUCCGAGUCCACCGAGGAGAAUAGACAUCUAUCACGACAGACCGGGUGCUUUAAAAGUGACUUGGCAACCACCUGACAAUCCAAAUGGCAAUUUGACCUCCUACACCCUAAGAGCCGAGGUAAUAAAAACUUUCGCCUCAAAUCCAUUGCCACCGAUUGAAAUCAAAGUCGAAGGUGGCUAUUCAAACACAACCAUAUUCCAAGGUCUUCAACCAGGAACCGAAUACAAUAUUUCCGUCGUCGCACACAAUUUAAAUGGAUUCAGCGAUCCAGUAUUCAACACCGAUCGCACUCUAAUCGGUCCACCCAAUAAACCCGAAACACCUCGAUUAAUUGAGAAAAAAGGCAAAACAAUGCUAAUCGAAUUAACACGCGGCUUUAGUGAAAACGGACCCAUAACAUUCUAUCAAAUCGUCGUCGUUCAACCGGGAAUUUUCCCUCCAACAGGAAACGAUAUCGCCUAUCCAAGUUACGAGCAAACAGUGAAUAAAGAAGACGAUCUCGGCUACUACGUCACCGCUGAAUUUGACGAUUUCGAUUUCCCUCGCUACUCAAAAUUCACCAUUGGCGAUGGGAACACAAUCGGUGGCUACUUUAAUGCACCUCUCGAUGUCGAUGUAACACCGCAAAUUGGAUUGGUCAUCGUCUCGAGAAAUCGUGACAGCGUUCAAUACAGUUAUUCCGAUUUGACAAAGAGUUUUCACGAUCGUCGAAAAUUCACACAAUCGCCAGUGAAUAUAACCGCAAUUAUCCUCUGGAUAGCGAUAGUAAUUCUCAGCUCACUGCUAUUGAUCUCAAUCGUCAUGUAUUUUGUCCUAAAGCGAAAACAUCGACAGGGCCGAAUGCAUAAAUUACCCGAACAACAGGAACUAACCCUACAGGGUCCACUCUACGAAGUCGAUAAUAUGGCCUAUAUUCCCGAGGACGUGCCCGAACAGGCAAAUCACUAUCAGGACUUGAAGAGCAAAAUCUGGACGAUACCGAGAAAUUUUCUCAAUUUCGACAACGUGCCCCUUCGACGUAGUCGAUUUGGUACAAUUCACUGGGGUCAGGUGCAGAAAGACGGAAUUACAAUAUCGUCGAGUGUUCACAAAAUUUCCGACACUUCACUCAAAAAAUCGGAGAAACGACAAAUGCUUCGCGAAUUGGAUAUUUGCAUAAAAGCCGGUUCAAUGAAAUUCCUCGCCGGUCUCAUUGGCACUUGUGAAACGUCCGAUACAUUGUUUAUUGCCAUGGAAAUGCCAUCGCAGACGCUGAAGAAUAAACUUCUUGCAUCGCGAUCGGGGGAGAUUUUUCCCUCGGAGAAAAUAUUGAAAAUUGGAUCGGCAAUUGCGGGGGCAUUGAGACAUUUGGAGAAUAAUAAAAUUAUUCAUAAUCAAUUGUGCGCUAGGAGUGUUGGAAUAUCGAGUGAUUGGACGCCGAAAGUAAUGGGUCAUGGAAUUGGAAAAUAUGCAUUGGAGGAUUUUAAGUAUGCACGAUGGACGGCUAUUGAAUGUUUCAGUAAUCAAAAGAAACAUCAGGCUGGUGUUGUUUGGGCUUUUGGUGUACUUUUGUGGGAGAUGCUGAGUAUGGGAGGGACUCCUUAUUCGAAUCUUCAGCUCGAUAGUGAUGUCGAGGAGGCUCUUGAGAAAGGAGUGAGACUCGAACAAUUGAGAGACACUCCCGAUCCUGUUUAUGAAGUUAUGCUCUCUUGUUGGAGUGUCGAUGAUCAUGAGCGACCGACUUUUGAUGAAUUAGUUCGAUUGGAUACAUUGAGUCUCUGCCCGAUUACAACAGUCACCGAGCCUUAUUUACCUGACCUGGAGCUUAAUUAGAAUAAACAAGAUGUCAUUUUAAUUAAUGGCAAAAUAAGCAAACAAAAAUAUCAAGUAUUUUAUCCACGCGCGCAAAAAAAAAAGUAAGGAGUUACCAAAUGUAUUUUAAACAAAAAAAAUCAUUGCUGAUGAGAUUUUAGAUCUGAUUCGAUAUACUCCGCUUUCAUAUUUUCGUAUAUCAUUCAUUUUACAGGUAAUCAAGAAUCUUUUUUAUGAAAUUUAUAUCCGUCCAUAUUUAAUAGACUUAAGAAAAAAGUGAGAUUCACUCUGUCGAUAUUAAUCGACAAUAAUUUUUUUUUUCUAAUCUACAAAAAAAAAAUACUUUAUUAUUUUAUAAAUUAAAAUUUAUAUCUAUUGUUUACUUUCAAAGAUUAUUUUAGACUCUAAAAGAAAACACAUUUCUUAGAAAUAGU